AUGUUUCCUGUGAAGCGCUGGGACGGUCUUCACGAGGCGCUCCCCUCGUCGUACCUCCACGCCUCCACUCCGCCGCUCAAGCCUCCGCCCACCUUUCCGCUCACUCCCGCUUCCGCCCCGCCGUUUCCCGCGCAUAAAAGAUUUGAGACGCCUUUCGGCGGCGAGAAGGCGGAUCGAUUAACGGAGAGCAUUGAUCAGAGCAAAGUUGGGGGAAAGACUACUGGAGGAUCAAAUGUCGUUGGCGGAGGCGUCGAAAGAGCUAAGAACGAGAAUUUUGCGGCGGAAAUUGCGGGAGGAAGCGUUAGUGAAACGAAGAAGAAGAAGAGGAACAAGGGAAAGCGGGAGGUAGAGGAAAGGGGCGCGGAAGGUGCGAGUGCUCCGAAUGCGACGGUAAAAGACUCGCACGACGUCGCACGUGACGUGGCGGGAGAGCAGGCAGGGAAUGCGCUAGGUGGCGAGGACGGGGGUUCGGUGUUCGCACUAGAUGCAGCACAAGGGUUUAGAGAUGGCAGUGGGGAGCUGGCACAGGGAGCUCCAGUGGGUAGGGGGAAGGAGAAGCAGAGGAAACGGAGGCGGGAGGAUGCUGGGAGUGCGAGCUGUGCUGCGGUUCAAAGCGGUGGGGAGGGGGAAGGUGAAGCAGGAGGCGGAGAAGGGUUUGAGCGAGGUUCAGGGUUUGGGGGUGUAGCGCAUGCGGAGCAGGAAGACUCGGUACAGAAAGAGAGUUUAGGGGAUGGCGGGGGAAAGGCGAAAAGGAAAAAGGAGCGGAAGGGAAAGGGAGGUGGGCGAGGGAAGCAGGAUGUGGCCAUGGAUGGUGGGGAAGUCACGCUGGUGGUGGCAGCACACGACGCAGCGGAGGGAGAUGGAGCGAGGGAGAGGGGAGAAGAGGGGAACGAAGCAGGGGACGAUGGUGAUGAUGGGGUUGCGGGCGCAAAGACGCCGCGUCAGGCACCUUCUAAGCCGCACGCAGCAGCAAAAAAAGGAGGGGGAGGCGGAGGGGCAGGGGGAGGGGGAGGCGCGGUGCUGCCGUGGAUGAGGGCGCCAGUGAAGUGCUCUACAGCUGAUGCCUUACCACUAGCUUCGGUGCCGAACCUAGACAAACGGUACGGUGGGCAGCUGUUAGGAUGCGCGUUGGAAAUCUCCCGGUCGCCCUCCUUGUUAUCUCCUGCCUUCUCUCCUUCACUGCAACACUCAAGCCCUGCUGCUUCCUCUCCCCCUCUUCCCUUUCUUUCCUCUUUCUCAUUCCCCUCAUCUCCAUCUCCGUUCUUCCUUCCCCCACAUCCCCUCUUGCACGCCCUUCCGCCCCGCCGCUCCGCCCCAUUCCCCCCUGCCAGCCUCCUGCACGCCCUCGCCCCGGCCGGCAUUUCUUAUCUCUUUCCCGUUCAAGCCACGGUGUGGCGCGAGCUGCUGGGGUUACCUGGUAACCACUCACACUCCCAUGAAAAAGCAGCACCCAGGAAGGGGAAGGACGGGUGGAGAGCAGGCGCUGGCGAUGGGGGGAAGGGGAGGCGGAGCGGGGGAGGCGCGCAGGCGGAGUGGGAGGGUGGCGAGGAGCGGGAGGUGGGGGGGCUGCGGGCGGCGUCGCACGACUUAUGUGUGUGUGCGCCGACGGGGAGCGGCAAGACGCUGGCGUAUGCGCUGCCAGUGGUGCAGGCGCUGGCAGGGCGUGUGGUGCGGCGAGUGCGGGCGGUGGUAGUGCUGCCCACGCGAGACCUGGCUGCUCAGGUGAAGCACGUGUUUGACACCAUAGCGCCAGCUGUCGGCCUCUCAGUGGCGCUCAUUAACGGUCAAUCAUCGCUCGCUGACGAGGCAACCCACCUCGUGCCGCACCCCCCUGCCCGUUCUGGCCCCCUGGGCCUCCUCAGUCGUUCAAGCUACAGCCAGGGAAACGGCUACAGCAGUGGGGCCAGCUGUAGCGGGGCGGAUAUUGUGGUGGCAACACCUGGACGGCUGGUGGACCAUCUGAGGGGCACUCAGGGCUUCUCCCUCUCGCACCUGCAGUUCCUCCCACCUCACCUCCUCUCUGCGCUUCUCUGUCCCCUGGCCCCCUUGUUCCCCCUUUGUCCCCGCAUGGUGUGGCACCAUCAUCAGGUGGUGGACGAGGCGGACCGGCUGCUGCGCCAGUCCUACCACGACUGGCUCCCGCUCACCCUCGCCGCCGCUGCUGCCGCCCCUUCCCCUGCCACCGCUGCCACGUCAGCUGUCGCCGGCACGCAUGCUGAUGUAGCUGAGAGCAUGUCGGCUCUGGGCGGUCCCAUGCGUGCACAUAGUGGUGGCAAUAUGAGCGGUGCUCUCCCAACUCCAUUCAUUCACGGCCUGCGAUCCCUCGCCGCCUGUGCCCCCUCGCUGCUCUCUGUGCCUGACAUUGAGCGCCAUCGGGUCAUCAAGCUUGUGUGCUCUGCCACUCUUACCCGCGACCCCUCCAAGAUCCAACGGCUCAGAUUGCACCGCCCUCUCUUCAUCUCCUCCGCCGCCCACCUGCUCGCCUCCGCCAUGCUCCGCCACGUGGCAGCCGGGGGCACACACCACGCUGGCACCAUGGAGGGUGGUGAUGUGGGUGCUGAAGUGGAAGGGAUGGAGGAGGGAAGGGAGGAGGUGGAUGAGGAGGGGGAGGGGGAGGAGGAGGAGGGGGCGAGGCACUACCACCUGCCUCCGCAGCUGGUCACUUCCAUGCUGGUGUGUCCGAGUGCGAGUGACAAGCCGCUGCUGCUGGCCGCUUUGCUCAAGAAGCUCACCGCAGGGGAGGAGGCAGGGGCUGACGCAGGGGAGGGGGCGCAGGAAGGAAAGGGAGAUGCUGCUGCUAGCACUGGUGCUGCUGCCAACACUGCGGCUGCUGCUGCUGCACGUCCCCGGCAGCUGACGCUGGUGUUUGCGUCCUCGCUGCAGGCGGCCCACCGCCUCUUCCUGCUGCUCUCCGCCUUCCCCCCCGCCUCGCUGCCCUUCGCCUUUGCUGAGUUCUCUUCCCGCCAGCCGCAGCGCCAGCGCAGUGCCAUUCUGGAUCGGUUUCGGAGGGGCGAGGUGCAGGUGCUGGUGGCCAGUGACGCCAUGACACGUGGCAUGGACGUGGAGGGCGUGUUCAAUGUUGUCAGCUACGACGCGCCCGUCUACCCCAAGACUUUUGUUCAUCGGGCAGGCCGAACUGCCCGGGCGGGCAGGCCGGGGAACUGCUACACGAUUCUGAGGAAGCAGGAGGUGCGCUGGAUGCUUGUGACUGUGGUGAAAGAAUGUGGCUAUACGCAGUUAGGUGGUGCUGGGAAGGUGGGUUGUGCUGAUUGUGGUGAAUCUCACAGUUUCGAGAUGACCCAUGCUCCCCAUCCCACCACUCCGCUUUCCCGUUACCCCUCCGCUGGGCGGUGCUGGCGAAGUCCUCACCUCACACCUCUCUUGCUCCCUCCUCUCACACCCCGCUUGCUCCCACCUUUCACAUUUCACAUCUACCGUACGUCCCUCCCACAUCUUUCCCACACCCCUCCACCUCCUCGCAUCUCUCACUCUCGCGCCUUUCCCCCCUUCCCGCCGUCCUUGCCUGCAGCAUUGGAGCGGCUCAAGGCAGUGGUGGGAAAGGAGGAGCGCAGAGGCAAGUGA